UACCCAAAAAAUUAUUUAUUCCCUUUUUUCUCUUUUUCUUGGAAUUUAAAGAAAAAGAAAAAAAAGAGGGAAAUUAAAAGAUGGCAUAUAUGCAUUUGAAAUUAGUGGCAGUGCUCUUGGUUUUGGCCUCGGCGGCGGUUCUAACCGGCGACGCUACACCGAUUCCGCAGAACAAAGCUCAACUGCAGCAAUGGUUCAGAGCCAAUGUCGCACCAUUGGCUCAGAGGAAAGGCUCGUUGGACCCUGCCCUGGUUGCAGCCGAGGCUGCACCACGUGUCAUCAGGGUGAACAAGAACGGGGGAGGAGAUUUCAAGACGCUGAACGCAGCCAUAAACAGCAUUCCGGCGGGAAACACGAAGCGUGUGAUCAUCAAGUUGGGCCCCGGUGAAUACAGGGAGAAGGUCACCAUUGAUAGGAACAAGCCUUUCGUCACACUGUACGGUCAACCCAACGCCAUGCCCGUUUUGACGUACGACGGGACAGCCGCCAAGUAUGGAACCGUGGACAGUGCAACUUUCAUCGUCUUGUCCGAUUAUUUCAUGGCCGUCAACGUCAUCUUCAAGAAUUCAGCUCCGAUGCCAGACGGGAGGAUGAAAGGAGCACAAGCCUUGGCAGCUAGGGUUUCCGGCAACAAAGCAGCAUUCUACAACUGCAAGUUCUAUGGUUACCAAGACACAGUCUGCGACGACAUUGGCAACCAUUUCUUCAAAGACUGCUACAUCGAAGGAACUUUCGAUUUUAUCUUCGGGAGCGGAACUUCUCUCUACCUCAACACGCAACUAAACGUGGUGGGAAAUGGAAUCCGAGUGAUCACGGCCGAGGCAGGAAAGAGCGUGUCCGACCCGAGCGGAUACGUAUUCGCACACAGCAGAGUGACGGGAACAGGAACUGGAAUCUACUUGGGACGUGCAUGGAUGUCCCACCCAAAGGUCGUCUACGCCUACACCGAGAUGACAAGUAUCGUUGCCCCGGCCGGUUGGCAACAAAACAGCAUUCCCGGCCGUGACAAGACGGUGUUCUACAGAGAGUACAAGUGUUACGGACCAGGCUCGAACAUUGCGAAGCGCGUGCCCUUCACGCGAAGCUUGAACCCGACCGAAGCUGGUCAUUUCUUGUCGCUUGGUUACAUCCAGGGUUCUAAGUGGCUGCUUCCUCCUCCGGCUCUAUAAUUCACAUUCAUGCAAUUCCCUUAAUUGUGUUGUAUUUUGCUUCCAAUUCAAUUCAUUAUUUAUAAAGCAUAUAUUUGCCAUCGAUUUUUGGAAAUAAUAUUUUAAUAUUCAAUCUC